CCUCGCUGGCGCCGGAAGUCGGCGCGGGCACUUCCGGCGCGGCGGCCGCUGACGUGGAGGCCAGCGCGGAGCGGCGGGCGGUGGCCGGGCGGCCGGGGGACGCGGAGCGGCGCGAUGCUCACCAAGUUCGAGACCAAGAGCGCGCGGGUGAAAGGGCUCAGCUUUCACCCCAAACGCCCUUGGAUCCUCACCAGUCUGCACAAUGGGGUCAUUCAGCUGUGGGACUACCGGAUGUGCACCCUCAUCGACAAGUUUGACGAGCACGAUGGCCCGGUGCGAGGCAUCGACUUCCAUAAGCAGCAGCCACUCUUCGUCUCCGGAGGGGACGAUUACAAGAUCAAGGUGUGGAACUACAAACUCCGACGCUGCCUCUUCACGCUGCUCGGGCACCUGGACUACAUCCGCACCACCUUCUUCCACCACGAGUACCCCUGGAUCCUGAGCGCCUCCGACGACCAGACCAUCCGGGUGUGGAACUGGCAGUCUAGAACCUGCGUCUGCGUGCUGACCGGCCACAACCACUACGUGAUGUGUGCGCAGUUCCACCCCUCGGAGGACCUGGUGGUGUCGGCCAGCCUGGACCAGACCGUGCGCGUCUGGGACAUUUCCGGCCUGAGGAAGAAGAACCUUUCCCCGGGGGCAGUGGAGUCCGAUGUCCGGGGCAUCACCGGCGUGGAUCUGUUCGGCACCACCGACGCCGUGGUCAAGCACGUGCUGGAGGGCCACGACCGGGGUGUGAACUGGGCCGCCUUUCACCCCACCAUGCCUCUGAUCGUGUCUGGGGCCGACGACCGCCAGGUGAAGAUCUGGCGCAUGAACGAGUCCAAAGCGUGGGAGGUGGACACCUGCCGGGGCCACUACAACAACGUGUCCUGUGCCGUCUUCCACCCGCGCCAGGAGCUCAUCCUCAGCAACUCGGAGGACAAGAGCAUCCGGGUCUGGGACAUGUCCAAGAGGACGGGGGUCCAGACCUUCCGCAGGGACCACGACCGCUUCUGGGUUCUGGCCGCGCACCCCAACCUCAACCUCUUCGCGGCAGGCCACGACGGCGGCAUGAUCGUGUUCAAGCUGGAGCGGGAGCGCCCGGCCUACGCCGUGCACGGCAACGUGCUGCACUACGUCAAGGACCGCUUCCUGCGGCAGCUGGACUUCAGCAGCUCCAAGGACGUGGCCGUCAUGCAGCUGCGCAGUGGGUCCAAGUUCCCCGUGUUCAACAUGUCCUACAACCCUGCGGAGAACGCCGUGCUGCUGUGCACGAGAGCCAGCAACUUGGAGAACAGCACCUACGACCUGUACACCAUCCCCAGGGACGCUGACUCGCAGAACCCUGAUGCCCCCGAAGGGAAGCGCUCCUCGGGCCUGACAGCCGUGUGGGUCGCCCGCAACCGCUUCGCCGUCCUGGACCGCAUGCACUCGCUCCUGAUCAAGAACCUGAAGAACGAGAUCACCAAGAAGGUGCAGGUGCCCAACUGCGAUGAGAUCUUCUACGCGGGCACGGGCAGCCUGCUGCUCCGUGACGCCGAGUCCGUCACCCUCUUCGACGUGCAGCAGAAGCGGACCCUGGCGUCGGUGAAGAUCUCCAAGGUGAAGUAUGUGAUCUGGUCGGCGGACAUGUCGCACGUGGCCCUCCUGGCCAAGCAUGAGCACUCACACCCUCUGCCUCUUACAGCCAUUGUGAUCUGUAACCGCAAGCUGGAGGCUCUGUGUAACAUUCACGAGAACAUCCGCGUCAAGAGUGGGGCCUGGGACGAGAGCGGGGUCUUUAUCUAUACCACCAGCAACCACAUCAAGUAUGCCGUCACCACGGGGGAUUACGGGAUCAUCCGGACCCUGGACCUGCCCAUCUAUGUCACGCGGGUGAAGGGCAACAACGUCUACUGCCUGGACCGGGAGUGCCGCCCGCGGGUGCUCACCAUCGACCCCACAGAGUUCAAGUUCAAGUUGGCUUUGAUCAACCGGAAGUAUGAUGAGGUGCUGCACAUGGUCCGGAACGCCAAGCUGGUGGGCCAGUCCAUCAUCGCGUACCUGCAGAAGAAGGGCUACCCCGAGGUGGCGCUGCACUUUGUCAAGGACGAGAAGACGCGCUUCAGCCUGGCCCUGGAGUGCGGGAACAUCGAGAUCGCCCUGGAAGCGGCCAAAGCCCUGGACGACAAGAGCUGCUGGGAGAAGCUGGGCGAGGUGGCACUGCUGCAGGGCAACCACCAGAUCGUGGAGAUGUGCUACCAGCGCACCAAGAACUUCGACAAGCUCUCCUUCCUCUACCUCAUCACCGGCAACCUGGAGAAGCUGCGCAAGAUGAUGAAGAUCGCUGAGAUCCGCAAGGACAUGAGCGGCCACUACCAGAACGCCCUGUACCUGGGCGACGUGUCGGAGCGCGUGCGCAUCCUCCGGAACUGCGGGCAGAAGUCCUUGGCCUAUCUCACUGCUGCCACCCAUGGCCUGGACGAGGAGGCCGAGGGCCUGAAGGAGACUUUCGACCCCGAGAAGGAGACGGUCCCGGAUAUUGACCCCGAGGCCCGGCUGCUGCAGCCACCGGCACCCAUCAUGCCGCUGGACACCAACUGGCCCCUGCUGACCGUGUCCAAGGGGCUCUUCGAGAGCUCCAUUGCCAGCAAGGGUAAGGGUGGGGCGCUGGCCGCCGACAUCGACAUUGACACCGUGGGCACCGAGGGCUGGGGAGAGGACGCCGAGCUGCAGCUGGACGAAGAUGGUUUUGUGGAGGCUGGCGAGGGCUUCGGGGACGACGCUCUGGGCAAGGGACAGGAGGAAGGUGGCGGCUGGGACGUGGAGGAGGACCUGGAGCUCCCGCCCGAGCUGGACCUGCCCCCCGGAGCAGCGGGCGGGGCUGAGGACGGGUUCUUCGUGCCCCCCACCAAGGGGACCAGCCCCACACAGAUUUGGUGCAAUAACUCUCAGCUUCCGGUCGACCACAUCCUGGCGGGCUCCUUUGAGACGGCCAUGCGGCUCCUCCACGACCAGGUGGGCGUGACCCAGUUCGGGCCCUACAAGCAGCUGUUCCUGCAGACCUUCGCCCGUGGCCGCACCACCUACCAGGCCCUGCCGUGCCUGCCGUCCAUGUACAGCUACCCCCAGCGCAACUGGAAGGACGCGGGGCUGAAGGGCGGCGUGCCCGCCGUGGGCCUGAAGCUGAACGACCUCAUCCAGCGCCUGCAGCUCUGCUACCAGUUCACCACGGUGGGCAAGUUCGAGGAGGCCGUGGAGAAGUUCCGCUCCAUCCUGCUCAGCGUCCCGCUGCUGGUGGUGGACAACAAGCAGGAGAUCGCCGAGGCGCAGCAGCUCAUCGCCAUCUGCCGCGAGUACAUCGUGGGCCUGUCCAUGGAGAUCGAGCGCAAGAAGCUGCCCAGGGACUCGCCCGAGCAGCAGAAGCGCAUCUGCGAGAUGGCCGCCUACUUCACGCACUCCAACCUGCAGCCCGUGCACAUGGUGCUGGUGCUGCGCACGGCCCUCAACCUCUUCUUCAAGCUCAAGAACUUCAAGACGGCCGCCACCUUCGCACGGCGCCUGCUGGAGCUCGGGCCGAAGCCCGAGGUGGCUCAGCAGACCCGGAAGAUCCUGUCGGCGUGCGAGAAGAGCCCCACGGACGCCUGCCAGCUGAACUACGACAUGCACAACCCGUUCGACAUCUGCGCCGCGUCCUACCGGCCCAUCUACCGGGGCAAGCCCGUGGAGAAGUGCCCGCUGAGCGGCGCCUGCUACUCCCCCGAGUUCAAGGGCCAGGUGUGCAGGGUCACCACCGUCACCGAGAUCGGCAAGGACGUCAUCGGCCUGCGCAUCAGCCCGCUGCAGUUCCGCUGAGCCCCGCGGCCCCGGACUGCCUCUCCCCCCGGCCCUGCAGCUCUCCCCGAGCCCCCGACCCAGGCGGCUCCAGAUCCUGUGCUGUCCCCCU